UAGCACUUUAGUCGGCUUUAGUCACUAGUCUGUUCGGAAUUGUAGAGUUGGUGGGUGUGUGCGUUCAUUCAUAAGAGAACAAGAGAAUUAAUUCAAGUUUUUUUAUCAGCCAUGGGUGGUAAAGACCGCAUAGGCUUGCAACUAACAAUAGUAAAACUUCAAUGGGAAAAAUGAAUUAAAAAAUUAAAUUAUAUACAAAAUUAAGUGUACGCCUUUUUCCCCACAUAUGUGCCGUUUAUUUCCAGUUUACGGCUUUGCGUGGGUAACGUUAGCCACGAAUGAUUCCUAUUCCUUGGGAGCAUUGGUUUUGGCAAAUUCUUUAAGACGAGCAGGUACUCCACAUGAUUUGGUUGUUUUGAUAACACCAGGAGUAACAGACGCUAUGAGAGAAAAAUUAUCGGCAGUAUUUUCUCUAGUUCAGGAAGUGAAUAUUCUAGAUUCUAAGGAUGAAGCAAAUCUCAGACUUUUGGCUAGACCCGAAUUGGGUAUCACCUUCACCAAAUUGCAUUGUUGGAGGUUGACUCAGUACACAAAAUGUGUAUUCGUAGAUGCGGACGCCCUCGUAAUUAGGAACUGUGACGAGUUAUUUGAACGAGAUGAAUUCUCAGCCGCUCCGGAUGUCGGAUGGCCAGAUUGUUUCAAUUCUGGUGUUUUUGUGUUUAAACCAUCUCAGGAAACUUAUGACGCGCUAGUUGAAUUUGCUACAGCGAAAGGAUCUUUCGAUGGAGGCGAUCAGGGCCUUCUCAACAUGUAUUUCAGUGACUGGGCUCAGAAAGACAUUUCCAAACAUCUCCCCUUCAUUUACAACAUGUGUUCAACAGCCACCUAUUCAUAUCUUCCUGCCUUCAAACAAUUCGGAGAAGAUGUCAGGAUCAUUCAUUUCAUCGGAGCCACAAAACCUUGGCUCCAGUAUUUCGAUACACUCACUGGUAUCGUCCAACCUCCAUCUGAUUCGAGUCACUUGCAGCCUCUUUUGCAAGUUUGGUGGAACAUUUUUUGUGAUAAUGUACACCCUCAGCUUAAUCCCAUUAUGGCCACCAGCUCUUUGGCUCCACCCUGGCACAAUAUUAUGUCCCUUUCCCAAAUUCCCAGAAUCAACAACGAAACCUACAGUGACUUUGGACUUCACGAAGUUGACUUUUCGGAAUUUAAAGACCCCUGGGAAGCGUAUUCUCCGCAGUUAGAUCCCUUUUUAAAAGAUAUUCAACAAAUUAGCCAAGAAAAUCCAGAAGAUUCAGAAUCAGGAAGUGCCUUUCAGAAAUCCGGGGAAGGCAAAACUUUUCAGGAACCUCAACAGACUCAGGAAUCUGAUAAUCAUUUCGAAGAUCAUUCCCAAUUUCGGGAUGAUAAAAAUAAUGAAAUCAGGGCUUUUCAUCAUGAGCAAAAGGAGGAGAGUAAAAAUUUUUCUCAGAGUGAGACUUACCAGGCGGAAUUUAAAGAGCAGGAAGAGAAUCAGACAGACUUUCAUCCAGUUUGUGAACAUAGGGAUCACGAAAGUAGACUAGAAGAAUCUCAAAUUGAUCAUGCAUUUCAGCCUUAUCAAGAAGAACAUCAUUCGUCUCAGGUUAUUCAACCAGAAUUUGAAGAAGAAUAUUCUCAUAGUAAAGAAUCUGAAUCUCAAGAUCAAAAUAUACAUUCCCAGGUACAUCAGACUUUGUAUACAAUUCAAAAAAGUGUUAGUCAAUCUAAAAGAGCUCCUCCUAGAAAAAUUUUGAAAAAUAUUUUACCUGAAGAUAAGACAGGAUUGCAGAAGAAACAAGAUUUGAAACAAGAUAGACAGACUGACAAACAGACUAAACUGCACAGCUUAAGAUCCCAAAUUCCUAUUAAACCCCCCCGUAUUUUUCCUAAAAAAAAAGCAUCGCUAUCUGAACAGACAAUGAAGCACCUAGAGAGCAACUAUGCUGGACUGGCCGGAGCUUUGGCUAAAUUAACGUUGGGUGAACCCAGAAGUAACGAACAAAUGGUCUUUGAAGAACAUAUGAGAAAAAUGAGUUGGGAGCAAGGACAAAUCGAUUAUUUGGGUAGAGACAGCUUUGAUAACAUCUGGAAAAAAAUUUCUUCAACACUUGCCACUGGGCCUGUGCGAGAAAAAACACCACCUCAGCCGGAUUCCGCAGAGUUGAAAAAGGGAGUGACCGAAGCCCUCGCGAAAGCAGAAGUCGAAAAAACAGAAAAGAAAAUACCAGAAGAAGUACCUGCUGUAGGAACGGAUGAAAUUUCAGAAGAGCAAAAACGUUCUGUAGCUUCAGCACCGAAAACCACGGUUCCAGUAGAAGUGCAACAAAUUCCAACAGCUUUAGAAGUUCAAAAAGUUCAUGAACAAAUUCCUGAACCAGCUCCUGUAACACCUGAACCAGUUCCAAAGACUCCAGUUUCUGAAUCAGUUCCGGAAUCUCCAGUUUCUGAAGUUGUUCAAACAACUCCAGUUGUUCCAGAACCAGUGCCGGAAAUUUUAGUUCCAGAAGUUGUUCAGCCAACUCCAGUUGUUCCAGAACCAGUUCUGGAACCUCCAGUUCCAGAAACAGUUCCUGAAGUUGUUCAACCAACUCCAGUAGUUCCUGAACCAGUCCCGGAAAUUCCAGUCGUUCCUGAAGUCGUUCCUGAAGAAUUGAAAGCUACAGUCGUUCCGGAAGUUCAACAAACUCCAGCAGUUUCAGAAGCUCAGUCAGCUCCAGUCCCUGAAAAAAUUCAAACGACUCCAGUUGCAGAAACUGCAGCAAUUCCUGAAGAAACUCAAGAAACGCCAGUAGCUGAACCAGUUCCUGAAACACCAGUACCUGAGCAUCUUCAAAAAGAAGAAGCUCAAGAAAAACCAGUCCCGAUUCAGGUAGCAGAGUCGGUUUUACAUGCAGAGCCGAAAGAAUCAGUUUCUCAAGUAACUUUACCAGUUGGUGAAGAAGCUAUUUCUUCUAUUGUUACUUCAGCUCAGGAAUCUGCUCUCGCUGUUUCCGAAGCUCUGAUCGACCCUGCAACUUCAGAACCGGCAACUUUAGAACCUACAGCUCCUAAAUUUGAAAAUGGCUCUGUCGAUCCUCAAACUGAAAUUCUCCCUUCAGCAACCAUCUCAUGUACAUCUGACACUUCGGAAGGUUCGACUGCCUUAUUAGCUCGUAGUCAAAAUGUCGUUUCUUUUAUUCCAGAACCGAUAGAGGUUCCGACAGAAGAGGUUCAACCUAAAGAAAAAACCGAAGAAACUGAAGUACAGAAAGAAAGUGAAGCGCCAACAGAAACUAAAACACCAGAAGACACAAAAGCUGAAGAACCAAAAUCUGAACGACGCACAAGUAGAAGUUUUUCAAUGGAAAAACCUUUGUUACCUGUCAGUGAAUCAAAACUCACAGUUCAAAUUCCUCCGCGACAGCCCAGUGAAGUUUCAGGUUCAGUUGAGAAGCCCGAAGAACAAACAGAAACUGCAGCUUCUUCCGCAAGUGGGGCAGAAAUACCUGCAGAAUCAGAAUCUUCAGACUCUCCUGCAAGACCAAUCAGAUCAAAAGAAAUUAAAGCUCCGCCAACGCCAACAAUAAUUGAGGCAACUCCACCAACCAGUCCACAAAUUGAGCCUGAAGAAGAGGCUGAAGGCGACGAAAAAGUUGCAAAAAAGGUGGUGAAGAAAGUUGUAAAAAAACAAUCGACUGAUGAAUCUGAAGAAACUGAGGGUGAAUCUUCUGGGAAAAAGGUUACGAAGAAGGUUGUGAAGAAGGUUGUAAAGAAGAAGGAAGGUGAAGCUGAAGGUUCAAGUCCAACUGAAAAGAAGAAGGUUCUGAAGAAAACAACCGCCCCAAAGUCUGCACAGCUUGAAGCUGAUAAAUCAGUUCCUGAAACUCCUCCUCCUGGAAGUUCUGAAGUUCCGGUUCCACCGAAGAGGAAAGUUAAGACUAGUACAACAACGAAGGAAACGACGAGUAAACAACCUGACACGGAACUGUGAUGAAGAAACAAAGAAGAAACGAUGAUAAAUCAUAACUGUAAUUUUCUACGUAAAAAAGAUUUUUAAAAGAUUGUUAGAAGGUUAAAUAUGCGAGCUAGUCGAAUAUAAAUUCUGAUUAUUUAACUAA